AACUUCCGCUAAGCUCCGCUGCUGAGCAAAAUGGACGCCUUUGUGUCUGUUUUCUUCAUAUUCACAUAAUAAAUACUAUUAAAAAAAUAACGUUUAUCUUGGUAAACAAAUGUGUUUAUGGACGAUUAAUAUUAUUUAUGAUGUAAGUGUUACUUGCUGUGGGCAACGUUCUAAUGUGCUUAUUUCAUUGGAUAAAUUGUGAUUAAAUACGCGUCUGAAACAUAAAAAAAGAACCAAGUAGGCCACAGCCACGGAUGACAAUUGGUGACUGGGGGGAUAUCCCAGGGAAACACUUUUAGAGAUAAUAAAUAUUUGAGUGGCAACUGCAUCAUGAAUUGUUUAUUGCAAGAUCCAAGGGCAUCCUCGAAAUUUGGCUAAAAAUGGUACGAGCUGCACCAUGGGAACUUGAAAAAGAGACUCGUUAAGUUCCGUUGAUAACUCAUAAAUAAAUAGACCGACUGUCAAGUGAUAGUGCUGAUAAACUUUCAAGUGCAAAAAGAAGAGAUAAAUUGAAAAUUAUUGUUUGAAUUGAUGAAACAAAAACGUAUGGAAAGCCAGGGGAUUGUGAAAAUGUUAAUGCAUCGUAGGGCAAUAUGUGAAUGCAGGAUUUUACAUGGAACUGCACUGAUAAAGGAUCACUGCGUGCUGUGAGAACUCCACGAUCAAGACAGAGGUGGAAUGCCAGAGCUAAUAAAACCCAAAAUGAAUGGGGUUAUACCGAGUGUUCCAAUCACUACCCUCGCUGGUAUAGCGAGUCUAACAGACUUGUUGCCAGAAAUGCCCCUACCAACACCCCUGCCCCAAACCCUGACAAACAAGUCGCUGUUAUUUCAUCCACGUGUCGCCGAAGAGGCCCACCUACUCCUGAGUAAUCGCGACGAGACUCUGGUGCCCCAGCUGAUAUCAUCACUAUCCCAAACCUCAUCAGACAACAUCGAAUUGAAGGAUCAUCACUCAAAGAAUGAUCAAACAACUCAUGAGACUGAACAAAAUGCCCCAGAGUUACUGAAAGCAAUACUGCAAAUAAAUCCUCAUGUAUUUAAAGGUCCCCAUUACAAUUCACCACGAAAUUGGCCUCAGGGUGGAUCCCUGACCCAUUCAAAUCAAUCACCAGCAAACUAUGGAAGAUUCUCACCGUCAUAUUCAAAUUCAUCAGGUUCCCGACAAACACCACAGGGUAGUCCAGCCCAUCCAGCAGCAGCUAGAACAGCCUUACCACCACCGGGUACAUCUCACGCUCAACAUCCAAGAAUGCCACUGACACCGCAGAAUCACGCUGAUGUAUCACAAAUGUCACCGUUUGCUGUGCCUUCGCCAUCACCACGUGCCACUGUCAUCACUGAACAGUCGAGAACAACUCCGCAACAUAUGCAGGAAGAAGCUAAUUGUAUCAGUCAAUUGAACCUCAAUCCACAUCACCAGAAUAUUUAUUCACCAGUGCAUAUGGGCUCGCAGAGUCCUAUGAUGCAAGUUGGCAAUAUGCAUCAAGGCCAGCAGCAUGUCCAUCAGCCUCAUCAACCCCAGCAGCCCCAGCAGCAUCAUCAUCACCAUCAUCAGCAUCAACAGCAGCAGCAGCAGCAGCAGCAGCAACAUCAACAGCAGCCACAACAACAGCAUCAACAACAUCAUCAUCAUCAUCACAACAUGGCCAAUAUGACCCCCCAACAUACGAUGCACAUGACGUCUCCAAUGCACAUAGCUUCACCAAUUCAUACAGCAUCUCCGAUGCAUACGACAUCACCAAUGCAUACUGUAUCUCCAAUGCACACAGCAUCACCGAUGCACACACCAUCACCGAUGCACACAGCAUCACCGAUGCAUACAGCAUCACCGAUGCAUACAGCAUCACCGAUGCAUACAGCAUCACCAAUGCAUACAGCAUCGGCGAUGAACACAACUAUUGGCCAAAUGAAUGUACCCAUGAACAUGCAGCAAACGCUAUUUGAUCCAAUGAUCAAUCAACAGAUUCAUCAUCCCCUGGAGACAAAUCAAACGUUGGAUUUGGUUCACAGUGUCCAAGAUAAUUCACAAUUCCUCCUGGAUCAUGUACCUGGCCUCCCUGACAUUGACAUUCCCAUUGACGCCAUUGAUCCUAAACCCCUCCAUCAUCAGUCAAUUGAUAAUCAUCCUCCACCCUACCCCGAUCUUACCCCCGAAAGUGUUGCUAAUACACUGAACUCUGCUCUUGGUAUUCAAGUGCAUCCUGAGCAGCAGAUGCCAGAUACAACUAAUGUCCCUCAGCAUCCUCAGGUACCUGAUAACACGAUGAGAGACAUCAGAUUAUCUGGACAAUAUUCCGAUUUGAAAUUCAAGGAGCCAGUGGUUAUGCUCAGCAGGUUACCACUCUCUGAUCAGGGCUUGAUGACCCAAAAUUUGACAUCGUUCACUGAUAAAUCACACGAUCGUGCGUGUAAAAAUCAGACGAUCAAUCAAAUUAUCAAGUCAGAGUCUGAGAGUGACGAUGAUGAUAAUAAAUCGCUCAAGAUACGUGGUAAGAAGAAGAAGGACGACAGAACACGGAGAAGAAGAAAAAUUCUGGAUGAUGAUGAUGAGGACGAUGAGGAAGACGUUAAGGAAGGCUCACUAUCUCCAAAGAAACCAAAAAUAAGAAAAAUUGAGAAGAAACUAGUACCAGUACUGGCUAAAUUGAGUGUGGAUGAAUUGAUGGAGACAAACACCUACCAGAGAUUCAAUUCAACUAUAGAUAUCAUCUUCGAGAAUGCUGAGGAUUCGACGCUGAUAGACGUGGAUGAGGAUGGUGAUGUACCCCAGGAAAUGUUAAUUUCUAAAUAUCAUCUUCAAGAGCUCUCUCGAGAGGCCGCCAAGUUGAAGUCCUUGAGGGCAAUGGAGUCGAUACCGUCAGACAGACUCGUCAGAUUACUCAACAUUCUUGAAAAGAACAUAAGAGACGGUGCCAGGGUCUCACCCCUUGCUGAUCCAGAUGAUGAUGUUGAGGAGAGUAAAUUGUGGAUGCAACUUGCCAUGGAGAGGGUCCAGCGAGCUGUUGACGCCUCUCUCAUCGCCCUCAACAUCAUGACAUCUCAAAAUAUGAAGAAAACAAUUUAUUUGGAGGACGUAAUUGAUCGAAUAGUUCUGUUCAUGAAGUUUCAACUUCAAAACACUAUCUAUCCAUCCUUCGAUCCGGUGUACAGGGUGGAUUCCAAGAAAAAUAAGACUGAUAAUUUCAAUUCUACUGGACGAAAGAAACGAGGUAAUGCAAAGGAAGUGCGAGAGAAAAGCAUACUCGAAGUUUACAACAAAAUGCACGAGCUUGUCUCACUCCUUGCUGAAUUACUCAACAUUCAGAUGCUGACAGACACGACAGUUCUUCAUGCAUCGACACUAGGGGUUGCACCAUUCUUCGUUGAAUCCGUCAGUGAUUUACAGCUGAGUGCUCUCAAGCUCGUCACUGUCAUAUUCACAAAGUACGAGAAACACAGAAGAUUAUUGCUGGACGAUAUUUUGGCAUCUAUUGCAAGAUUACCCAGCAGCAAGAGAAGUUUACGAACGUACAGGUUAAGCUCUGAAGAACACAUACAGAUGUUAACAGCACUUGUACUUCAAUUGAUUCAAUGCGUUGUAACAAUACCAGACAGUGUCCUGAAGGCCGACAGAUCAAAUAGAGUUGAUGAUGAUAAAAAAGAAGAGAAGAAACUGGUGCAAGUUGAUUUUGAUGUACUCAUAAUAACUCGUUAUGAUACUGCAACGAGAAUAGCUGGUAACUUUUUAUCAGUUUUCCUCCAGAAAUGCAGUAGUAAGGGUACUGACGUUGACUAUCGGCCAUUGUUUGAAAACUUCGUGCAGGAUCUUCUAGCAACAGUCAAUAAACCAGAAUGGCCAGCCGCUGAGCUUCUUCUGAGUCUCCUGGGGAGCCUUCUCGUUGGCCAUUUCUCGAAUAAAGGAUCAGACAUGUCGCUGAGAGUAGCUUCCAUUGAAUAUCUUGGUGUUGUUGCAGCGAGAUUACGAAAGGAUGCUGUGAGCUCCCAGUGUAAAUUGUCAACAAUCGAUCAGAUUAUUCGUGAUAUCAAGGCUGAACAGCAAAAAGACUCGGACUACGAGCAAGUGACGGAUAUCGUUGGUCUGUCAGAGGACGAGGAACGAACGAUGUUUCUCCAGAGGGUUCUCCUCGAUUAUCUUGCAGUCAAUGGUAUCAAAGACUCGCCACUGGCCUACGCAAGGCACUUCUACCUUGCGCAAUGGUAUCGCGAUUACACUCAGGAAAAAUCUCGCGUUGGUCAGGCGAAAACAACUCCAGUGAAAAAAUCUCCCAGCAAGAAGAAGGCCAAGAGGAGAAAUAAGCAUGUUGAGAGCGAUGAGGAUGAGCCAUCGGAUUCUGAAGAGCCUGAUCCAGAUGAGAAUGAUAAUAAUGAACAAAAGUACUCCGAAGUGUACAGAACAAUUGAGGGGAAGAAGAAAUUCAUCGUCAAUUCGAUCCGUCCCUGCAGUUCUAGCACCACAAAACCAGAUAUUUUACAGACUUACAUUGAUUACAAUUCAGCUGAAUUGAUAUCUCAGUAUUUGGCAUCGAAGAGGCCCUUCUCCCAGAGCUUCGAUAAAUAUCUCAUGCAAAUACUUCAAGUGCUAACUGAAUCAUCGAUUGCAAUCAGAACGAAAACAAUGAAGUGUCUGACGAUGAUUGUUGAGGCUGAUCCAUCGGUAUUGGCUAGGACUGACAUGCAGAGGGGAGUUAAUUACUCAUUCUUAGAUCACUCCACGUCUGUACGAGAAGCUGCUGUUGAUCUUGUUGGUAAAUUCGUUCUCAGUAGACCUGAACUAAUCGACAAAUACUACGACAUGCUCUCUGCAAGAAUCCUCGACACUGGCGUUAGUGUACGCAAAAGAGUUAUUAAAAUUCUCAAGGACAUCUGCAUCGAGUGUCCAGACUUUUCGAAGAUUCCAGAGAUCUGUGGAAAGAUGAUUAGACGAGUCAAUGAUGAGGAAGGGAUACGUAAAUUGGUGAUGGAGGUAUUCCAGAAUAUGUGGUUCACACCAGUGAGGGAGAAACCAACAUUGGAUACAACAGCUUUGCUACGUAAAGUCAUGAAUAUCACUGAUGUCGUUGCAACCAACAAGGACAUUGGUUUGGAGUGGUUUGAGCAACUGCUGGUUAGUUUGUUUAAACCCAAGGAGGACAAGGAGGACAGCACGAAAUUGCUCAUGGAGCCUCCCAAGGCAUUAUUAACAGCUUGCAAACAAAUCGUGGAUUGUCUGAUUCAGAAUAUUCUGAGCCUCGAGGAGAACAAUAGAGAGCAGAACAGGGAGGAGAAGAAGGGCUCGUCCCAGAGGCUUGUUGCAUGCAUGACCACACUCUACCUCUUCGCUAAAAUUCGUCCACAACUUCUUGUUGCCCAUUCAUCGACCCUUCAACCUUACUUGAGCUUGAAAUGCAAUACACAGGGAGAUUAUCAGAUUAUCAGCAGUGUUGCACAUACACUUGAACUAGUUGUACCACUUAUGGAGCAUCCUAGUGAAACUUUCUUAGCUCAAUUAGAGGAGGACUCGGUUAAAUUGAUUCUUCAACACGAUAAAUCAGUGGUUGCAAGCUGUUUAUCGUGUCUCGGUUCGAUCGUCAAUAAUGUCACGAGAAAUUUCAAACUCAUUCGUGAUUGUUUCUCACAAUACUAUGGACAUUUGGAGCAGUACAAAAAUUGUUAUCAGAAAGAUCCCUCACAUCCUUGGCUAAUAAGGAGUCGACCGUAUUUUCGACGUGCCUUGUUCACCGUUGGAUUACUCCUCAGACAUUUUGACUUCACUGACCCAGAGGUGAUCGAGGGAUUGCCGGAGAAUAUCAAAGAUCAAGUCUUCGAGUCGUUGAAUUACUUUGUACAUCAGGACAAUAAUGACAUUAGACAUUUUACAUUGUCGGCAAUUGGUUUUUUGUGCAUCAGGCAUUACGAAUUCAUGAUGGCACCGGAGUUGAAAGAGCUGUAUCAUUAUCUUUUAACGUCUGAUAAUGCAUUGGUGGCGAUGAAGACUCAGGUGCUCAAUAAUAUCGAGGUUUACCUUCAAGAGGAGGAAAAGAGAAUGAUAAAGCAGGAUCAGGAGUGGGCAAAGUUAUCGAAACAAGAGAAUCUCAAAGAAAUGGGGGAUGUAUCCUCUGGAAUGGCGAGUACUGUGAUACAGUUGUACCUUAAAGAAAUUCUUGAGUCUUUUCUUCAUUCUAAUGUGAGUGUUCGUCAUGCAGCACUCAAGGUUAUACAGUUGAUUCUUGCCCAAGGACUUGUUCAUCCCGUUCAGAUCGUUCCCUACCUCAUCUGCAUGAGCACAGACAGUGAGAAAACAGUGAGUCACAGUGCAGACAAACAGCUUCAAGAAAUUGAGAAGAAAUAUCCCGGAUUUAUUCACAUGAAAUCCCAAUCAGGAAUUAAGUUGAGCUAUCGAUUGCAAAAAAUCCUCCAGAAUGAUGUUGUAGUGAGAGGGAUGAGGCAGAAAGAAGGUGAGCUUCCUGGCGCCCUCAAUGGAUUCCUCUACACCAUCCUGAGAAGCACAAAACAGCAGAGGAGAGCAAUAGUCCUGUCAUUUUUGAAGCAAUUCGAUGAAACAGCAAAAUCUAGUUUAUCCCAGAUGCUUUAUCUCGCUGAUAAUUUGGCCUAUUUCACAUAUCAAGUACAGGACGAACCUCUCUUCAUCAUUCACCACAUCGAUGUAAUAAUCUCAAUGUCCGGUGUGAAUUUACUUCAAUCAUUCAAAGAAGCAUUAUUACCUAAGGAGGGAAGUUCUGAUAGUCAAAUACCUCAGGUACAACCGAUGAUUUAUGGUCCUGAUGGCCAGCCAAUACCAGCCCAGAUACUUCCACCGAUUGAGGAUGAGGAAGAGGAUGAGGAGGAUGAUGAAGCUAUCCUCGCAAGAUUACCUGAAGAUACUACAUUGCUGAGAGAAUAUAUAACAGCAAGUCAGGGAUUUCUGUUACUCCUUACUCUUAGGCAACACCUUAAGGAGGUUUAUGGAUUUUCAGACGCCAAAAUAAGUCAAUAUUCACCGUCAGAAUCUGCCAAAGUCUACGAGAAGGCCGUAACGAGAAAAAGCAACAUGUUAUUCAGGCCAAAAACUACAUUAGCCAAAUUGAAAGAGGGAGUUAGUAAUGAGGAGCUUGAUAACAGCAGUAGGAAAAAAUUAGUCGCCGAGUAUUUGGACUUUAGACAGCUCAUACUCAAGUUCGAUCCUGAAGAGCCUGAGGAAGAGGGAGCUGAAGGUGUUACCAAGGCUAUCGAUUCAGUCACAGCUAGGGUCAAUCAUUCAGAUGUCAAUGCUAUGAAAACGAGCAUCGGAGGCCCUGGGGAUGUUCCGCAGCAUCCAAUGUCAGAUGUACCUAAUGAUCCUGUCAAUUUUAUUUCUGCACCAACAACACCGCGUGUACCAAAAUUGACGAUACAUGCACAUCCUGAGACUAAUAAGGAGCAUCGGAAGAGUAGAACGCACAAACCUGAUAAAGUGAAGAAACAUAAGAAGAAGAAACGGAGAAGGAACUCUGAUAGUAGUGAUAGCGGUGAUGAUUGUGAAGAUCCGGACUAUACGAUGUAAGUGAUGAAAGCGAGUGUAUUUCAAUUAUUAUUAUUUUUUUUUUUGUGAAACAGGUAAAAUGGAUUACGAUGAGAAUGGAAAAUACAUGUUUGAAUGGAAUAGAAUAUAUAAUACUUUUGCAUACCCCUGUGGAUUUAUAGUGCUUGGGGUUAAAUCACUUGGAGAACUGUUUCUUGUGUACAGAUUAGUGAUAACUGUGGGGGUUCCAGGUGGAAUUAUUGAGAAAAACACAGACUAUUAUAUAAAUCUGCAAUAGGAGUGAGAUACAUUAUAAUAUUCGAGUGAAUCUAAGGAAAAAGUAUGUUAUGAAUUAAUUCAAUUUAACUGGUAAUGGAACUUGGUUUAGCCAUGACUUUUUUUCCUUUAAAUUAGAGAUUAUUUAUGGAACAUUCAUCAUAUAUUGGAAGUUACCGAUAAGUCGAACUUGAAUUCCCUUUGGUUUACGUUUUUUUUUCUCUGUCUUUUCCUUCAAGAGUGAAGGGAGUCUUUUGAUUACCCUUAUCUGCAAAUUGUCAAAGAACAAUGUCACUCCCAAAAUCGUUUUUGACCUUGAAAUUACGCAAUGUCGUAAUUCAUUUCUGCAUAUCUAAUUUCGAAGUUAUUGGAUAUUUAAAUUGCUCUUCGCUGUUUUUUUUUCUUAUCGGCUUGGAAGAAUUCUAGUAAAAUUCUUGAAACUUCUUGAGAAAAAAACCAAGUCCCCGUUUAAAUUUCGAGAGGCCAAUGGCACUUGAAAUAAUAAUCACAAUGAACAAAAAAAUAAUGAUUAAAAGUUUAUAAAGAAAUAUUAAACUAUAAAAAGUAAUUUAGCAAACAUCUGUGUUGAUUCUGUGGAGGACCAGUGCGUAAAUUAUUAAAUCGAUUUGAGAAAUAAAAGCUAGUUCUCAAUCAUUAAAUAAAAAUCCAAACUAUUUGUAUUGUAAUAUGAUAGUCUUUUUUAUUAGAUUGGAAUUGAAGGGAGUGAGUUUGAAUAAUAAGAGGUGAAAAAUUUUUCUAACUUUCAAUCAAAUGAGAUAAAGGGACUAUAAAAGACCACUAAAAUAACUUCAACCUAUGCAAAUGGAGCUAGUGCAUAGUGAAAGCAACGUCGGGAUUUAUAUACAAUAAUGUUGUUUGUAAUAUGUGUACAUAAUAGAGGCGGUGAGUAGAAAA